AUGGAUAUUCGAGGAAGAAAAAUGAGGAGGCCGCCUGCAUGUGUUCAAUGUAGGAAAAGAAAGAUAGGCUGUGAUCGUUCUAAACCCAUGUGUGGCAACUGUAGAAGAUCUAACUAUCCUACAUGUUUUUACCCCGAUAUCCCCGGUAAAUAUAUUCAAUCACAUUCAUCUGGCAAACUACAAACGGAUCCUAUCAAUACCUCACAUACUUCUUUAUCAUCCUUUCAUAAUACUACUCCGGUAUCUAACAAUAUAAUCUUUAAUCCAAUUUCUAAUUCAUCAACAGAUAACAUUAAUUUUAAUUCCACCACCACCACCACUAAUAAUAAUCAUAAUAAUCAUAAUAAUCAGAAUCUUUCUUUGUUCCAACAAUUUACAGAUUAUUAUAAUACAGGCCUCAAUCUUUCCUCAAACAAAAAUCAGCUUCCUGCAGGAUCAGAUUACUCUACUAAUCCUUCUAAACUUAAUAAAUCACAAAUAAAUACUUCCCUUCUACACGUCAUCCCAAGAGCAACUCAAUUGCCAAACUUGGGUAAAAACCCUGUCGGUACUGCACUUGACUCAAAUAUCACUCUGCAUUGGGUACAGGGCCCCGCUAUUCUAGAUUAUAUGAAUUCUCAGUACUUGUCUAAAGAUAUUAUCGAUAAAGAAAUGAAAUUCUUAAGAACACGGCUAUUGGAAUUACAAGACAUCACUGGCAAAAUUGUAGAAGGUAUAGAUUUGAUUACUUCUUCAAAUACUAAUAACAAUAGUACUACUACUACUACUAAUAAUAAUAAUAACAAUAAUACCACCACCACUAUGCAAAAUGAUAAAAGAAUAGAACCAUUCUAUUCUCCUAUCUCAGAGAGUAUUAAUACUGAUAUCUCUACAAAAAAUUUGAAUACUGUAGACAUCUUUAAAGACUUAGAUCCACAAUUCCUAGAUCCAAAAGAAAUGUUUUCUAUCUUUGAUAAUAAUAACAUAAAUAUAAAUAGGGAAACUAAGAAACCCACUUUACAAUCUAUUGAUACACCAAAUUCAAUCUUUACAUUACCAUUUUUAAGAAAUAAAGAUCUUUAUUUGAAUUGUUUUUUACAAAAUUUAUCAAAUAUUUUCAUUGAUAAUAAAUUUGAUACUACUAGUACUAGUACUAAUACUAAUACUGAUACCAAUACUGAUAAUGAUACUAAUACUAGUGGCGGUAAUAGUGGUGAUAACAACGGUAAUAGUACUCACACCCCUUGUCUAUUAUCCAUUAAUGAUGAUUCAAGGAUCAGAUUAUUACAUAACUCUAUUUGUUUGCUCUUAAUUAAACUCUAUUUAGAUCAUGUUAAAGAAACCCAAAACUUGAUCCCUCCAUUAAACAUCACAGGUUUAUUAAAUUUUUUAAAUCAAAUCAAUAAUGAGGAAAAUGAAUGCAUCUUGGAUCCAAAGCUUUUAUCACUAGACCAACUGAUAGACAUCGGAAACCUUUCCAUCUUGCUGCUAUUAAUACAUGAAAUGCUCUCUUCUAGCGUGCUUAUAAUUAUUGAAGGAGAACAGUUUCAAGCAUAUCAAAAACUCUCCCAGUUUAUAGCAAAAUUGGUAACCAAUAUCUAUCUGAUUAAACACGAACUAACUUUACGUCCUGCAUCAGCUUCUGUUAUCGAAUCUUUACAAUUCUUAACAUUGUCCAAAUUUUAUCAAUCUAUCACGCUAUUCAAUAGAUCCUUGGUUACAAACAACUACUCUGUUGGUUAUGAAUUGAUCGACUUUGACGAAGAUAUCCACCACGGUUUACAACUUUCCUUAAACCAUGAGAAUAAAAAUGACAAACCUAUCCUCCUAUGGAAUUUCAUUUGUAAACACUACCUAUGGAGGCAUAUCUUUAAAGGUGAAUAUUCUAACUUGUUUUAUAAUAAAUUGAACCUGAAUUCAACACCGAUCAUGGACCCACUUUUCAAAAAUGACUUUAAAUUGUUGCAAUUCCAAAACGAUAUCAUCCAAUAUUUACAAAGUAAAGAUAGAGUUCUGUCACUUUAUAAAGUCAUCGGAAUGAAAGACCUUUUGAAAGUUAAAUACGAAGAACAGGCUAAAAAAUGUCUGAAUAUGGCCUCGACAAUAAAUGGAAACGUCGAUUCUAUCAUUUAUAGAAACACUAUGUUGUAUAUCAACUACUAUCUUUUAUUACAACAUGAGUUACAUGAUGAUAUUGAGAAUUUUACACUACACUAUAAAGAAUUGUUGAUGUUGUUACAAGAUACAAUUUUUUUCAUUUUCUCUAACUUGGCCAAUAAAAUUUUCGCUGGUUAUGAAUUUCUGUUGCAAAGGAGAUCCUUUAUUUUAUUAAAUUCACUAUGUGAUACUAUUUUAAGUUUAUAUCAAAGAUCCUCGUUGGCUUUUCAAAAUAACUUAUCAUUAUCUUCUUCUUCUUCUUCCAAGACUAGCCUCGACUUGAAAGUUAGGGAAGAGACUAAGGUUCAUUCUCAAUAUUGGAUAACCAUUAUCAGAAAAUUAUUGAUUCUUCUACAAGAUUACUCUCAAAAUUGUAAAAAUGUUAACCAUAUUUUAUCCAAUAUCAUGACCAAGAUGAAAAUAAUAAUCACCUAUGACAUGAUGAUAAAUGAUAUUAAUAAUAAUACAUCAGAUCUUAAAAAACAAUUUAAGAAAGACUUAUCAGGCGCCGCUAAUAUCUUUGAAAAGUUAAAUGAAGAUCUACUAAUUGAAUUCAACGCAAAAUUGAAGAGUAUUUCCGAAUCAUUAAUUAAAUCUGAAGUUUAUAAUAAUAGAGACCUAUAUAAACCAACCCAUUUGGAGACUAUGGGAAUUACCGCUGAAAAUUAUCAGGAGGUAUUCAAUGCCUUCAAGGAGUAG